UGAAGAGUGUAGUAGUAGAUGGGCCUGGGAGAAACCAGGCUAACAAGCCCACUCAAGAAAGAAUCUUCUGGAGCAGCCCGCUCUAGGCCAGGGGCAAAUGCGGAUUUUCCUCCUCCCCCAGCCCGGAGACGGACUCCGAGUCCGACUCCCAUCCGCAACCGCCCUUGUUGUUCUUUGUCUCGUACGCCGUCCCGUGUUCGAGUCGAAGUCGGAGUCCGACUCGAACAGGGGAUUUGGGAAAAAGGAAACGCGUGAAUCGAUGGCCGGAUAAAGCGGCGGUGCCUCGUGCCCGAUUCCUCUCAACCGGUUCCCAUUCCAUCUCGGAUUCCUCCCCCACCCUCCCUCCCUCCCCGUCUCCCUCGACCCGCCGCCACCGCCAUGGUCCGCACCCCGUCGGCGGCCAGCAAGCCGCCGUGCGCGGCCUUCCAAUCCCACCCCACCGAUCUGGAGCUAGUCAACUCCUACCUCCGCCCCUUCCUCGAGACCGGCAAGGCCGCCGCCUUCAUCCACGAGGGCGAUGUCUACGCCGCCGACCCCGCCGACCUCACCCGGCAGUUCGCGCCGGCAGUCGCCCAGGACGGCGAGCGGGCCUGGUACUUCCUCACCCCGCUGCGCCACAAGAGCGUCCGCGGGAAGCGGAAGGCGCGCACCGUGGCCACGGGGGAGGGGUGCUGGCACAACGAGGCCAAAUCCAAGCCCGUCUGCACGGCCAUCCACGGGAAGCGCCAGAUUGGGUACCGCCAGAGCUUCUCCUUCAUCAAGAAGGAAGACGGCUCGCGGGUCCGCACGGGGUGGCUCAUGAUGGAGCUCCGCCUCCUCAAGGACGACGCCGGGCAGGGGGCGCGGGCGGAGGAGGCCGCCCUGGGGAAUCUCGUCCUGUGCAAGGUGUACCGCAGCCCGCGCAACCCCGAGCCCGGCGGCGGGGGCCCCGCCCCCGCGCUCAAGGAGGAGGAGGCCGCCGACGGCGACGACGAAUCUAGCGCCGCGACGGCGGAUGACGACGACGACGACAGCUCCGACACGCCUGGGCCCACGAAGAAAUCCGACGAGCAGGAGUCCAGCGAGGCGACGGUGGCGGCGCCUAGUCGCCACAGCAAGGCGGACGACGAGAUCUCCGGCGCGGCCGCGGCGGGCGCCGGGCGCGAGGAGAAGGCGGCGGGCGACGAGGACUCCGCCGAGACGUCGGCGUCGUCGCCUGCGCGCAAGAGGAAGGCCCCGGACGAUGAGGGCUCCGGCGCGGCGGCGGCGGCGCCCAAGAGAGCGUCCCCUGGCGCCCGGGCUCCUGCCUCGACCGAGAUGCAGUGCCCUCACUGCGGCACCCACCUGGUCGUCACGCUGAAAAUCUCGGAGACCAAAUCGGAGACGGAGAUCGCGAAGGGCGAGCCGGGCCCCGGCGCGUCCGACACGGCCCCGCGUGGCGAUGCGCGUGGUGCUCCGGAGAGGAAAGUCCGGUUCCACCAGUUCCUAUGAGAUCUCCACCCAGGUGGGGGCCAAACAAAUCCUGAACCGCGAGGAAACGGAGCCGUGGAUGAGCGAGUGCAGAACCCACCAUCCAUUUCUCAUGUACUCCAUGUAGAUGAACGCGUCGACAAGGUUCAAGGUGAAUAAUUAGGAUAGGUUCUUUUCUUUUUGCGAGAGGAUAGGUUCGUGAGAGCAGUAAGUAGUACUUGUGAUAGGAUCAUAGGAGGAAGCAGAGUGUGCUGCUGCUACCUUCAAAUGGGAAAAAAUGAUGUAGCAGAAGCAGACUAAGGGCCUGUUCAUUUCCUCCUAUCUAAACUUUAGACCCAUCACAUCAAAGAGCUAAAUAAAAUCUGUUUAUAAAACUUUU